AUGACAACAACAACAACAACAGAAGAAAUCUUAGCUAGAUUUCUCUUUCUUUUUCUUAAACAUUUAAGUAUAGAAUUAAGUAAUUUUAUUAUUAUGACAAAUCAUCAUCGACUACCAACAAAAAAAUCAAUUUUACGAAAAAAUUUUUCAUUAAAUCAAAAUAAUUCUAUUAAUUUAACUCAUCGUAAAGUUCUUUUUACACAUAUUGAUUCAUUUGAAUUUGAUCCACAAAUACCUUGUCGAUUUAUAAAUCAAUUAGAACGUAAAGAAUUUUAUUCAUCACUCAAUCAUUCACAAAUGCAAUGUUUAUGUCAUCAUGAAUCAAAAAUAAAUUUCAAAAAUAAAUGCAAGAUUAAACUUAAGCGUUAA